AUGAAGACAAGCGGCCAUUGCGAGCCCACAGCAAACUCUGCACUGCACAGACCCAAUGUAUUACUAUACACCAGGCGAAUGCACAGGGCUUUUUGCGAAGGAAACAAUUUCGGUCAGGAAAAUCGACCCGCGCCGUUUGUUUGUCGUGUCCAAAAGCGAGCAGGAAGGCGGGUGGAGACAUUUUAGGGGGACUUUCUUUCAUGAAGAAGGCUUUCUCACAAAAUGGAAGAAGAAAUAUUGCCGUCGUUGUUGACCUCCUUUCCUUCAGAGAGACAAGAGUGUGCGCCAUUGCUAUCUGAACGGAUAUUUAGGCAAAGAUGGGGAAGGAUCCAACAAAACCAAGAGGCAAAAUGUCGUCUUACGCAUACUUUGUCCAGACCUGCAGAGAGGAGCAUAAGAAGAAACACCCUGAGGCGACGGUCAACUUCUCUGAGUUUUCCAAAAAGUGCUCCGAGCGAUGGAAGACUAUGUCAGGCAAAGAAAAGGGGAAGUUUGAAGACAUGGCCAAACAAGACAAGGUCCGUUACGAGAGGGAGAUGAAGAACUACAUUCCACCCAAAGGCGAGAAGAAAAAGAGGUUUAAGGACCCUAAUGCUCCCAAGAGACCCCCGUCCGCCUUCUUCAUUUUCUGCUCCGAGUUCCGAUCCAAGGUGAAAGAAGAGACCCCUGGUCUGUCUAUUGGAGAUGUGGCCAAGAGACUGGGUGAGAUGUGGAACAAAACAUCAGCUGAGGAUAAGCAGCCAUUUGAGAAGAAGGCAGCCAAGCUUAAGGAGAAGUAUGAGAAGGACAUUGCUGCCUAUCGUUCUAAAGGCAAAGUGGUAGGAGGUGCAGCCAAAGCCCCUUCUAAGCCGGUCAAGGUUAAUGAUGAUGACGACGACGAUGAUGAAGAUGAGGACGAGGAUGACGAGGAUGAAGAAGAGGAUGACGAGUAGAUAAAUAACAUUUAGAGCUUAGCUUGUUGUCUAUAAAGCAUUUAACCCCCUUGUAUACUUUACUGAUGCCAUAAAAUGGGUAAAAUAAAUAAAUAAAAAACCUGAAAAGGCAAAAAAACAAAACAAAAAUAACAAUAAGGCUGUGUAUAUGCUUUGUUUUUAAACUGUACAGUUUCUUUUUUUUCCUUUUUUGUAUAGUUAACACUACAGAGGUGUCAUCUGUGUUCCUCCGAAUGCCCCAACCCUUAAUUUAGUUCUUAGUUUAAUUCCUUAAAGAUGGUUCCAACACCACUAUCCUCGCCUGGUACAGUAAAAAAAGAAAAGGUGGGGUUGUAAAAUUGUCUUGAGGUCAGUGGAGUUUUAGAUGUGUGCAGCGUACAACCUAGUUUCAUGUGAGGUUGUAGUUCAUAUCUCAAUGUACUUUUGUUUGUUUACUUUUUUUUCAGAUCAAAUAUAAUCAUCAUUAGUAAAUCGCCGUAUCAAAGUUAUUUUACUGUAUUUUGAAUACCACUGUAAUUGCAGAAAUGAUUUAAAAAAGUAAUUGUUUUGUUCUGUAUGCUUCUGACAUCAAUAAACUUUUUUUUUAAUAAA